CGACAGGGAAAGGGGAUGCCCGUCCGGUCAUUAUAUAGCGCGGAUCUCGUGAGCAACGGCAAGAACGGAACGAUGGGGACGGGGCGGGGAGUCACGUUCGCGGGAUGGAGCAGCGGCGCUGCUUCUCCGGCUGUCGGCUUUUUCGGCGCAAUGGCGAAUAGACUCAGCCUUUUCUCGCUGCUGUUUCUAUCCUUCGUCUCGUUCGCAGCCUGCGUUGAAAAAGACGUACCCCCUGCUAUCUCUGCUCCUGAACAGGUUUCCCUAGAAAACCACAGCGUGAAAAAAAUCACACUCGCCUUCAGAGCUCCCCCCAAUGAGACUUUGGCGGUAAGGUUCAACAUGACCUAUACGUCCAAGGAGAACAUCACCAUCGUUGAACUGCCCGACCAGGUCAUCAUUGCAGCAGGCCAAAAGGAGGCACAUUUCCUUGUGAAAGCUAAAGAGGUCGGGCAGGUGACGGUAUAUCUACAAGUGAACGCAUCCCACGACACAGGGCCCAGAAUCCGGUUCCUUGUGAUCCACAGCAAGGCCAUAAACAUUGUGGACCAAGUGAUCGGUUGGAUCUAUUUCCUAGCCUGGUCGGUUUCCUUCUACCCUCAGGUGUAUGAGAAUUGGAGACGCAAAAGCGUUGUGGGACUCAGUUUCGAUUUCAUCGCUCUGAACCUGACCGGCUUCAUUGCCUACAGCGUCUUCAACAUCGGACUCUUUUGGAUUGUCCCCAUAAAGGAGCAGUUCCUGCACCGGUAUCCCAAUGGCGUGAAUCCCGUAGCCAGCAAUGAUGUGUUUUUCAGCCUCCACGCGGUGGCCAUCACUCUGUUCACCAUCUUCCAGUGCUUAAUCUAUGAGAGAGGGACUCAGAAGGUUUCUCGAGUCGCCAUUGCGUGCCUGGUGGCAGCGUGGCUGUUCGUCUUCUCCACUUUGGCCGUGACGGUCGCCCAAGAGAUCACCUGGUUGCAAUUCUUGUUUUAUUUCUCCUACAUCAAGCUGGCAAUCACGCUCAUCAAAUACUUCCCUCAGGCCUACCUAAACUUCCGCCGGAAGAGCACCAUGGGCUGGAGUAUUGGCAACGUCCUGCUGGACUUCACCGGAGGUGCCUUCAGUCUCAUCCAGAUGUUUCUACAAUCCUACAACAACGAUGAAUGGAAGCUGAUUUUUGGAGACCCCACCAAAUUUGGCCUCGGCCUCUUUUCCAUCGUCUUCGACAUUGUCUUUAUGAUCCAACAUUACUGCUUGUAUCGCCACCAAAAUUACGAAGGGUUUGAGUAGAUCAGUAGCCUAUCUGAGUGCGUCCAUUGCACUGAGAAGCCUUACUCCAAAGAAACCAGGACUGGCAAAAUUGGUACAACUCGAGUUUCCACGCCACUUUAAUUGCAUCAAACCUACUCGGCCCUCUUGCGCCUUUGCGUCUCUCAAUCCACCAGUGCGGCCUUGUCAAAGUCGUCCUCCCGAUUUUCUCGGAUGCAAAGUCCUCAAAAGCUUCCGAAGAAGUCGUCGUUUGCAAGAGAAGCAGAGAUGCUCUUGUUUUGCCCUCCAAUUUCUUACAGGAACCCUACAUUGAAGGCAUCUUGGCCAGGAAGAACCUGCUUUUGAAGUUUGGUUGGUUACAAGGAAAGGAAAAAACGGUUGUCAUCGGAAGCUUUAAAUCGGUUAAACUUGGAAGACAGCUUGUGUGACUUUGGAUCCCACUUUCUCUUGCACACGGGGAGAAAUGGUUGGAGGAUGUUGGACUACCUCGAAAAGCUUUACGUUGGAGUCAAGGAACAAUGCAUUGAAAAAUCUCUUGUAAGAACUUUUGUGUGAAAGGACUGAAUAUAGGGGUCGUGAUUAUUAAAGCUUUUCUAACAGGU